GAGCGGGGCGGGCGCUGGGACCCCUGGCGAUGCUGCCGCCGCUCGUGUAGCGAGCGCCGAGCCCGCUGCGGAGAAAGGCUGAACAAAGCUCAGUCUCAGUUGAGCUUCCUGCUUGUCAGCCUCUUGCUUCGCAAACGCUUAUCAUUUCCACUUGAUGUCAUCAUGCAGAAGGGGUGAAAGGGACUCGUUGACAGAUUCAGAACCUGCAGCAAAUUGCCAGCAACAGUCAUUUGUUGGUUGCCAGCUCUGAAACUCAUGCACAUAGCAUGUAAAGGCAACUGUGAGACACUUAUGUCGUCCGUUUCCCGUGUAAUCGUUAUGCACACCAAGACACCAUGUUCACCGUGUUGCUGAAGAGCUGGAUUUCUUCAUAGUCUAUUACUUCACCAAAGAGAAAGAUAUGAACACACGUGCUAACGCUCAAUACCUGUGAGCUCCAUGAUCCCCUCCUGACAUCAGAAAGACACGAAGUGGUGGCCUCUGAGAACCAGCUCCUUUUUUGUGGUCUUGGCCCUGCCCUUCCUGCUCAAGGUCCACAAUGGAGACACUCUCCCAGGACUCUUUGUUGGAAUGUCAGAUCUGUUUCAAUUAUUAUAGCCCUCGGCGAAGGCCCAAGCUGCUGGAUUGCAAACACACCUGCUGCUCAGUGUGCCUCCAGCAGAUGAGGACGAGCCAGAAGGACGUGAGGUGCCCCUGGUGUCGAGGCAUCACCAAGCUGCCUCCAGGCUUCUCUGUGUCGCAGCUCCCAGAUGACCCCGAGGUCCUGGCCGUGAUUGCCAUUCCGCACACUUCUGAGCACACCCCUGUUUUCAUCAAACUUCCCAGCAAUGGGUGCUACAUGCUGCCUCUGCCCAUCUCUAAGGAGCGCACAUUGUUGCCUGGAGACUUGGGCUGCCGCCUGCUGCCUGGGAGCCAGCAGAAGUCUGUCACGGUGGUGACCAUCCCUGCUGAACAGCAGCCCCUGCAAGGUGGGGCUCCCCAGGAGGUGGUGGAGGAGGAGCCAGAUAGGCGGGGCGUGGUGAAAAGUUCCACCUGGUCUGGUGUGUGCACUGUCAUCCUGGUGGCCUGCGUCUUGGUCUUCCUCCUGGGCAUCGUGCUCCACAACAUGUCUUGCAUUUCUAAGCGCUUCACUGUGAUAUCCUGUGGCUGAUGUGGGGUACAAGGGAGUUUCUUUUGGGUGCCAACUUAGGGGUUGAGCAGGUGUUGGUGACAAGAUUCCAGUGAGAAGAUGGGGGGGUGACACUGACCAUUUGGUGCCAAGUGCUGGCCUCUGGGUUGCCACUUGAUUCACCCAAAGACUGACACCAAGGGCAGACGAUGUCUCAACAAGAUUCCGGGAGAAUUGUGAGAAUUGAUGGCAACAGUUUUGAAGAUGAUUGCAUGCAUCCUCAUAAUCAUAUAUAAAAUGGGCUGUAAUUUAUGAUUUUUCAAGAUCGUGUUAUGAGAUAGACAUAUUCUACUUACAACUGUACAUGUGCAUACAAUGUGAUCUCUUAAAGCGGUAGAUUAAAACCAAGAUGCUGUACAUACAAGUAGAUUUAAACCUCGAAUCCAUGAAAAUUCAGUGAAGACAUACACAGUACUGGCUUCUUUGCUUUUUGUUGUUUUAAUGAAACUGAGUCUUCAUUUAGUUGCUAAGGCUUUAUAUACAUUUUGAAUGGCACCCAAAUCAAAGUAAGUGAAACAGACUGUUGUUUUUUCAGAGAAAAUAUUUGAACAAAGUGUCUCCAGUGUGUUGUGUUUUGUCAUGUACCUUCCUUUUUCUUCACUUGUGAUUAGAGCUCGCUACAUGUUUAUUAAAUGGAAAGCCCAACAGGGGAGCAAUAAACCGAGAAAUAAUGAGAAUUGCCUGAUCCCACAGGAAACUGUAUGCCAGUUUUUCUCAAGCCAUCUCACAAAAUAAGAAUUUAAAAUGUAAAUAUUGUGUAUUUGUGUAUGUGUGUGUAAGUGUGUGUGAUUUGAUUUACCUCAGGUUUUCCAGGCUGUUUAGGAGAAUCCCUGGACUAGGACUUUGUGGGUGUGAAGGUGUCACAGUGGUCACAUUGUGGGCACCUGUCCUCCCAGUGAGGCGUUUCUUCCAUUCACCUCCAGCACUCACUCCUCUGCUUUAUGUUAGGUCCUGUAUUUUGUUAAGGCACCAAUGGAGAGUGAGAGAAGAGCUUGUCUUUUCUUCCAGUCUGGAGUACUGUCAGUGCCAUUAAGUGUUGUUAACGAGUGGCAAACCUGGAUGGGCAUUUUAAUAGACAGUCUGUGGUUGUUUUUCAAAGAUGUUGUUCUAAGAGAGUUAAAUGUUUUUGAAUUCCUGUUUCCUCCUGUUGGUACAAGCAAGAUCUUUUGUAUUUCAAAGUGUUUUUAUUGAGAAAAGUGACAAGAUACAUUAACAACUCACAUUCUGAUGUAAGUGGACCAGUUCCUCAUGAAUGUUCAAUCAUUCUUAAGUGUGUGAUAGUAUAUAGGUGCUCAUGGUGAAAGACCUUCUAGCAGUACGUGGUAAAUACCUAUCCCUGUGUGUAUCUGCAUUCAGAAAUAGCUAUGAGUUGCAUAGUUUAAUUCCUUUUGUGGAAUUCAGGAAGCAAGUUCUAUGUGUCAAGGACUCCCCACUCAAAUAAAUAUAGGUUAGGUUUCAUUGAAUCCUGAAAAUGGUGGCAAAGGUGGUGGUGGUUGGGGGUAAUAUGAGAAAGAUAAAUAGUGACUAGUCCCAAAAAGCAAGAUUAGGAAAUAGCCCCAUAAGAUUGAGACAACCUAAUUUAUUUAUAUACUAUUGUCUUUUAGCACAAAAUAUGCAUACUAACAUGAUGGAAUUAAUGUGAAAUAAAAAAAAAUACCUAGAAUACAAAGCUAACACUUAAUUGGUCUGAUAACUCAAUUUAAAUUAUGAACUCCUGAGUUCGAUCCCUGGUAUCAAAAAAAUAAAUUAUGAAAUCUUUUUUCAAAUCUUUCAAAUUUGUCCUAAGACCUUUAGAACAUGUAUUUGAAAGCUCAAACUAGAAAUUAGGUUAAAAUGCAAUUUUAUUGUGUAAGCUAUUGGGCAUUAUACAACAAAUAAUCUAGAAUUUAUUUGGGUAUUAAUAAUUUAGGUAUAUUAGCUGAGUACUAUCCUUUAUUACAUAAUAUAAUGUUGGGUUAGUGUCAGUUUCUUAACUCCCAGGCUGCUGCAAUGCAUGUCUGACCUAAUUUCUAUGUCACUUGGAGGAGAAAAAAAAUCAGAGAAAUGUAUUAAGAAUAGUGCAUUUCAGACAGACUUUACCUUUUAAUUUUAAUCCAUGCCAUAUUCAAUUUAAUUUUAUGACUGAUAUCUGCAUACAUUUAUGUACAAUAUGAAGUGACUGACCCUGUAGUAUAGUAUGUGAUAGAGUUCUACUUGUUUAGUAGGUUAUAUAUAGACACUAAUGUGUGUACUGAUACAGUGUCUUGUGUUUCUUAGUGCAAAGCUGUAAAGUAAAAAUGUCCACUGAAUUUUUACUUAAAAACAGUCCCGUGCUAGAGCUGCCAUUAAGCAGUGCAAAAUUAAUUGGCUCUCUGGUAGAUUCCUGACCUUACAACUUACCUAAUAAUAGUAGCCCAAAUCAGACUUUUCUGUGCAAGUCUUAUUAAGGUAAGGAACAUUAUUAAAGUUGUUUAAGUGAAUUGUGCUUGUAGUUUGCUUGUCAGGAUGUACAUUCUUGUGUGGGGGUGAGUAGUGGAGGGAGAGAAGGAAGGAGCUGUUUCAGCCUGCUGGAUGGAAUUUUUUACAUGCUUAAUGAUGUGUCGAUGUUAUUUGGCAUCCCAUUGCUUUGGCCUCUUCUGGCAUGUUUCCACAACACUAACAACCUAUCUAUCCCAUGUGACAAAAGGCCAGUGACACAAAUGGCCAGAAUGCAUAGUUGCAUAUGAGUGAAAAGUCACAACUGAAAAAAAGCACAAGAUGUUAGAGCUGUGGGCAGCCUUUGCUGGCUUCAUUUUUAUAGAUGAGUCCACAGAGGCCAGAAAGGAGCCUGGAAGAUUGUACUUCUGUUGCAAAGAGGGGAUAAGAACUGUGCAUUGCUGUGCCCUCUUGUCCCUUCCUAGAUCCAUUGGCAUCUCUGUCUGGCUAGAAUUCUUUUCAGGGUUGAUGACUACCCUUUAUCAUGUCAACUAUUGCUUGAAGGGUUGUUUUGUAGGUCUGUUUCUUUAUUUCAGUUGGCUAUCUCUCUGAGUAAUGAAUAGAGAUUGAUUUAAAGAUCAUUACAGACAUCUAAAAAACCUAUCAAACCACGUAAUGUGAAUUUUUAAAACUGAAAAACAUCGGCUCAUCCUCUCCCCCAUAAGUUAAAGACAAUAAGUGUUAUGUAAAUAGUAAACUAUAUGAAGCAUGAAUUUUCAUCCCUAUUAAUGAUCCUGACACAAGCAAGAGAAUGCUUAAUAUGUUGAGUAGAGCCACAUGUGUCCCCCAAAAGUAUUGUCUUUGCAAAGAUUCUGUAUAUUGACCUGGGGCCAUAAGUUGUGAUGAAAUUUGAAUUGGUUCUGAGUUCCCAGUCAUACUUCAUGAUCAGAAAGCUCUAAUGUUUUUUCUUUAAAAUAAAUUUGUUUAUUCUUGUGCAUGAUUUACAGAAUGGGUCCCUUAGAGGUUCAACUGUGCAGCCCUUGGGAUAUUUUAGAUCAGUGCUGUUCAAUAGAACUUUUUAGAAUGAUGAAAAUAUUCUAUAACCUGUACUGUCCAAUAUCAUAGUCAUAAGCCACAUUGGCUCUUACAGAAUUAAAGUGGAGACAAUAUGGCUGAUGAGUUGGUGUCUAAGUUUUAUUUAAUUUAUUUAAAAAUAGUCCCAUGUGGCUAAUGGCUACCAUAUUGACUACUGGCCAGGGUGUUUGUAAUAUAACAGUGAGGCUAAGGAGAGAGUUCAUUGGCUAGUUGCAGUUGGCAAAAAGAAAAAUUUCUUUCUGGGCUUGAAAAGUAUGUGAUCAAGUACUACAGUAAACAUUCAUAGGUUGCCCUUUGGGGUUAUUGAUACUUUGGACCAAGGAAUAAUUGGUGAAACUUAAAGACUGCUUUAUUAAGCUCCUUUUCUGGGACCAUUAGCUGCAUGUGAAUCUAUUGUUCAAAAAUAGUAGUUAAACGGUAGCCAUAAAAUGUUUGACUUGCAAGCUGUGCAUGAUCUGAACUGUGAAAUUGUGUUUAGGGUCUUCUGGCCAAAAAGUACUUGUUACUGGAAAAAAAAAAGUCCAAUGAAAACCCUCUUCUCUUCCAGUAUUUUACCUAAACUUCAUCGCUGCAAUAGUAAGGUGCAAAAUCUAAGAGCAAGCAUGUUUUGCAGUGUUCAGAGUGUUUUUGUCUGCCCUUGAAGUCUGCUAGCUUGUCAUUGUAUUUGGUGUGGACAUAUUGGGCAUCAUUUUUCAGAUGCCAAACUAAAAUGUAGGUACUAUUUUUAGAGUGGGAUUUGACAUUGUUUUAGUAUCGCUCUUGUUAAUUUUAGUUAUCACUAAAAUAUUUGAAGCACAAAGCACUUUAAAACAUUUUUUUACAGUUAAAAAACAUUGCCCAAUGGAAUUUAAAGAAUGGAACUGGUUUUUAAGUGAGUAAAGGGAAGAAGAAAAUUCAGCUUGAGAUAUGUUUUCAUAUCAGAUUCUUACUGUUGUCUGGUAUUUAUUCCAGUCUCGAUUUUGAUUUAGAUUUCUCAUUUCUUAAUUUAAAAAUCUAGACUGUGUCCAUAUUGGUUUUAGUUAUUUCCUAAAUGUAAUAUAAACCAAAUACAUUUGCUAUAUCAUAACAGAAUUGGGAUUUUUCUCUAGAAUUUGUCAGUGGGCAUCACCGUUCUUUUCAUCUAUCUUUAAGAUUUUAUUUAAUUUUUUUCCCAAAAUGGUGGCUUUUCUUCAAAUGUAUUAGAAAUCCAAAGGUUUUUAGUUUGAGAGGGAUGAUAGGCAAACCACUGCAAUUUCUACCUUCCCAUAUAAAAAUGAUGCUGCCUACCAGGCAGUUUUUUUGCUUCCACACCAAAAAAUUGAUCGGCCAAUUUGUCAUCCUUGACCUAAAUGGAGAAGCUGUUCCUUGACAUUUCCAUCAUUCUCAGUAAGGCAUCACCACAAGGUACCCUUACCCAUACAGAAACUCUAGAGAAGGAUGAGGUCACCAAAAUAAUUCAGUGACUGUUUUGAAAGUAAUGAUGCUCGGUUGCUGGAUUUUGUUCAACAUGAAAUACUUCUCAAAAAUAAGUGGAGAUUCAUUUGAUUUUUCUGACACAAUUGACUUACUACACGCACACAAACGCAUCACACAUACGAUUUUGUUAUAAUUGGAGUUUAAAGUAAAAAAUUUUAGUCAUGUUUCCCAAUUUGUAGAUUAUGUAAUGUUGAAGUUAGAGUUAAUUUCUUAACAAUUGUUAUGAGUUGCUUACAUUUAUGUCCAAGCAACUACCUUUGGGAAUGUCUUUUUAAUUAAACUCUUCAGACUUCUCAAAUAUAGGAAGAGGUGGGUUCUACUACAUAAAGUGUGUGGAAAAGGCCUUGAUUACUGAGAAGCAUAAGCAAGUGGGACAUUUAAUUUCUGUCUUCCAAAUAGCUUAUUUUUUUUUUGCUUUACUCAAGGAAUUGGGGGAGUGUACCAGUAUUCUUGAAUUUCCACAAUGUGGCUCUUACUUUUUCUACACAAGUUUCUUUGCUCAGUCUGGCUAAUGAUCUUUUGAUUUUUCUGGAUUCACUGCCUAGGGUAUUCCACUUGUAAAUCUCACUUACAAUGUAGUGGUGCUUGAAAACACUCAUCUUGUUAGCUAAUUAUUCUAAUUAAUGCUUUGGUAGUACUCAUAUCAUAAUAUGUUUAAGGGACAAUCAAUAAUUAGAGCAUAGUAUUUUGAAGGUCUCCUGUGAUGUGCAACAGGGUGUAUUUUCUUUGUUUUUGGAAAUGUUACCUUCUAACUGUCUCUGUUCUUCCAGAACACUGUUCUAAAUUCACCAUCAAAAGAUUUAGGGCUAGUAGCUCAUGGGAAAGUCUUCUAUAAUCUUCUUGAGUUGAGAGUUACUGGGUUAUUCUAACAAGAAUUUUCCAAAGGUCUAGUCAGUUUUUAUGUUGACAUUUGCUUUGAGAAUUUGAAACUAGGUGGUUGGAUAUGAUGGUGGUAAGGGUUCAUGAGAGGAGGAAAAAGUUGUCGUGUCUCUAAAUAGUGAAAGCACACAGUAGCUGUUACACUGUGCUUCUGGCUGGAUUGACUGGGAGACAAUCCAACUACUAAGUAGACCCUCUUUGGGCGAGGUAAUAACAGAGCCAGUGGUCAAAUAUCGAUUAGGCAGAUAUGCCCAGAUGGGGAGAAGAUACUUAAUGAAGGAAAAGCUGUAAUGGGAGUAUAGCUGCAAAACAAGCCAUAUGCCUUGAGGUGAGUUGUGGCCGAAGCCAGCUGAAGAAAGUAGCACAGGGUGUCUGGG